AUGAUGUUUGACGAGAAGAUAGGAGUCCUGAUUGUCUCAGAGACCCAUCUGUCAGCAGACCAAACGAAAGAAAUUCAGGACAGCCAUAUUGGGAAACGCCUAACAAUACACAACUCACCAGAUCCAGACGACCCCAGCACCAAAGGCAUCGCAAUCGUGCUAAACCGAGAAAUCACCAACACGCAAAGGGUUAAAAUAAUACAGCUGAUCCCAGGCAGAGCAGUCCUAGCCACGCUACCCUGGCACAGCGACCGAACACUCACCAUUCUCGGCGUCUAUGCACCAGCAGAAUCCAUGCAGGCAAACGAAAACUUCUGGGACACCCUAUCUGACUGCUGGCUCACCCAAGACCUACCCGUGCCAGACCUAAUGGGAGGCGACAUGAACAUGGUAGAGGAACCCUUAGAUAGACUCCCUAGUAGAGAAGACGCACCCCGUACCACCGCUGCACUCCGCCGCUUUAAAAGACUUGUCGGACUAGUUGAUGGAUGGCGAGGGGAAAACCUGAAUGUAAAAGAUUUCACGUACACAAGUGGGAGGGACACCCACUCUAGAAUCGACAGGAUAUACGUCUCCAAUGCCCAACUCAGGAGAUCUCAGAAGUGGUCAAUCGAUGACUGCACCGGGAAACUCUCCGACCACAGAAUGGUAUCGGUCACCAUAACGGCGCCCGGCUCACCCACGAUAGGCAAGGGCAGAUAUUCCGUACCACUGUUCCUGCUGCGAGAGAAAAAGUUUAUGGACUUUGUCCAGUCCGAGAUGGCUAGUCUCGAAGACAGGCAUGCAGACAACCCCACCCUAAACCUCCAGGCCGAAUGGUCGAGCCUCAAGACAAAAAUCCGCAACUAUGCUCAAACCCGAGCCAAAGAGGCAAUAGGUGCUUCACGAGAGAAGAAAAAGAUGCUCAAGACAAGUAGAGCCCAAAUACUUGAAGCUACCCAUAGCCCAAACAACCCAGAUCGAGCUGAACUGCCGGACCUGCAGACAUACACAGAAGCUGAGGCAGCAGCAAGGAUCUGCACGAUCCAAGGAGAGAUCGACAAAAUAUCAGAUGUACAGAGAGAACAACGGAGAACCGAGACAAGAGCAAGAUGCUUCACAGAACUGGACCACAUAACUAAAUUCACGGUAGCAAUCAGUAAGGAUAAGACACCCCGAGACACAAUCACCCGGCUAUGCCGUACAGAUGUCUGCCCCCCCAGGGAGGCGAGACGCUCCAGAGAUAUGGCAGAGCUUGCCAGGGACUACCACCAAGACCUCCAGCGAGACCCCUCAGAACAAGAUCUCACCACAAAAGACCGUGACAUAGAGAUAGCGCUUGAAUUCACAGAGGCAAGAGGAAACCCAGACAACAUCGAAGAGCUGCAAAAACAACUCACAUCAGAAGAUGUCACACUAGCCCUGAAACAAGCGGCCACAGGCACAGCUAGCGGAAUGGAUGGCAUCCCAUAUGAGCUGUGGAGACGCCUCCACCAGAUCCACCUGGAAGUGACUAAGCAAAAUGCGGCGCUAGGCCCAGAUCAACAGAAGAGAGCUGUAAACAUCACCAAACUCCUAGCGUCCAUCUUUAAUGACAUCGAACAGAAAGGGGUUGAUGCGAUAUCAAAUUUCUCAUUGGGCUGGAUGUGCCCCAUCUGGAAGAAGAAAGAUAAGGAAGAUAUCGCAAACUACAGACCUAUCACGGUACUAAAUACAGACUACAAACUGUUCACAAAAGCCUUGUCAAAUAAGCUAGCCCUGGUAGCGCCGGACCUGGUAAACUGUGACCAAGCGGGCUUCAUGAAGGGCAGGAAAAUACAAGACCAAAUCUUCCUGGCCCAACAAAUAGUGGAGUACUCAGAGGAGCAGAUGAUGAAUGGAGCAAUAGUUGCUCUUGACCAAGAAAAAGCUUAUGACAAAACAAAUCACCGCUACCUAUGGAGAACCCUGGAAAAACAAGGCAUUCCAGCGAAAUUUAUAGCCACUAUUAAAGCCCUCUACACAGGAGCGGAAACAGUGGUGGUCAUCAACGGGGAAAUGAGCUCCCCGUAUGGCAUCACGAGGGGAGUACGGCAAGGCGACCCACUCUCCUGCCUUCUUUUUAACCUGGCAAUAGAGCCCCUAGCUGAUCUAAUCCAGAACUCGAAAUUAAUAGGCAUAAAGGUGCCCAGAGCAGACAGGAGUAUUAUAAUAAAAAUGUUUGCUGACGACACGACAGUAUACCUCUCAGCUGAAGAUAAAUUCAAAGACCUAAAAUAUAUUCUUGACAAGUGGUGCGCUGCCUCGAGUGCCAAGUUCAACUCGGAAAAAACGGAAAUCAUCCCGCUCGGGACCCCAGAAUUUCGGGAGCACCUCGUUGUGACACAAACUCUUGCCGAUAGCUCAGACAAGAUAGACCAGGCACAUAUAGCCAGAGAUGGAGAAGCCGUGAGAAUCCUAGGAGGCUACAUUGGAAACAAUGUAGAAUCUUUUGCCCUAUGGACCCCAACAAUCGAGAAAACCGAUGCCGCCCAAGAACGAUGGGAGAAGCUAUUCCCCACGUUAGAGGCUAGAAGACAUAUAGAUCAAAUCAUUACGGGCUCAAUGACCCAAUACCUCGCUAUGGUAAAUGGUAUGCCUGCAGCAAUAACAAAACACUUCCUCCGGGCCCAGAGAGAAUUUAUAUGGGGCGGGGCAAAAUCCUCCCCAGUCCAGAGAGCGGUCCUGUCCCAACCGGUCAAUCAUGGAGGGAAAAACCUAUUGGACCUCGAAGCGAGAAACGAUGCCCUCACCGUCCUCAAACUUCAGUCCUUCCUAGACCUCAACCCCAAGACCCGAGCAGACUGGGGACAUUUUGCAGAUAGCAGACUUGAGCAAGCAGUAACCAAAACAUCCAGGAUGGAUAUCGAGUCCUUCGACAACCUAUUUCUACAAACAUGGACCCCGAAACGUAAGAACCUAACGGCAGAACUACAGGAGAUGCUCCGAGUCGCGAAGAAAUACAACCUAAGCUUUGCACCGGUCCAACCGACACAAACUCUCCUCAGAGAGAUGCCCCUCUUCCACCACAAGGGCGAAGAUGCAACUCAGGCCCAAUGUAACAACUCAGCACGCUGCAGGUGCUUGCGCCGAAACCAUGGGGUGCGAGAUAUCAAAUCCGCUAUACAAGUAGCAGAACGCCUCCAAGAUGAAACCCACCAGAAGAGUACCCACUGCGACCAGUGUUGA